UACAGCUAGCUAUAUAGUAGGUUAAAAUCCUUAAACCGGUUACGUAUCUUCACGAAAAAAUUACAAUCCAGAUGACAAGGUCUCUUUGUACUUCUUGUGGUCUAAGGAGCAGACACUGCCAAUGCCACAUCCUAUAUUCAACAGCCCCAACCGCAAACGCAAACGGUGACAACAGAGAAAGAGCGUUGAAGCUUACACCAGCCUCCUUUUGCGUUUUGUACCUCCUACAAACUCUCACAAUGUUUGGACUGUUCCUCGUCGUUUAUAUGGUUAUGGUAAUUCCAGUGAACAACCUGAAAGGGACUUGUUACUUGGAGGUCUUUGCUGACUCAUUCUCCGUCUCAAACGCCUCAAACACAAACGCAACCGCUGAUUGGAACGUCGGGUUUACUACUAGGAAUCCAGCUAAUGGAUGUAAAGGAUCUCUCCACACAUACAAAUCGCGUCUCCUCCGCGGCGACAAGCUGAUCUCCGAGUCAUCCGCUCCUGAUUCUUUCGGUUUACUCGUAAAGGGAAAAAUCAACGAUGUACCGCUUCCUUACGCCGUUUUCAAAACGGUUGCAACGCCCCGAAACGCCGUGGUUUGGGAUCUCCGUGUCGAAGUCUUAACCAGCGUUAAGAUAAACGGUCGAUCCGAUAAUGGAAAUGGUUUCUUGAUCGUGACUUGCCGCGAUAUACCGGUAAAUUUCACGGCAGAUACGGCUGGAAAUGUUCAAGGAUCGUUGAUCGGAUAUAUGAGGCCGUGUGAGUAUCUAGUCCAGACGAAGUAUACCGAGGCAUUCUUUUAGACUUUACUCCAUGGCCGUGUAUUUAGUUAUGUUUUUUUUUGUUGUUGUUGUGAUUUACGUGUUUGGUCAGUUCAGAUACUUGACAAAAGAUGGCACUCGAAUUUUCAACUUUUUUA